GCCACCUGGCAGUCCGUCGGCCCCGCCGCCCUCCCGCCGGCCGACGCCGCGUCGCUCGAGUUCCGCGACGUCGAGGCCUUCUCCGCCGACCGCGCCGUCGUCCUCUCCGUCGGCGAGGGCGGCAGCUCCCGCGUCUACGCCACGACCGACGCCGGCGGCGGCAACAGCAACAACGCCUGGCGCCUGGCCUUCACCAACGAUGAGCCCCGCGCCUUCUUCAACUGCCUCGCCUUCGCGUCCGCCUCGCGCGGCUUCGCCGUCAGCGACCCCGUCGACGGCCGCCUGCGCCUGGUCGAGACGUCGGACGGCGGCGAGUCCUGGACCCUCGUCGACCACACCGCCGGCGGCAUGCCCGAGACCUGGCCGGGCGAGGCCGGCUUCGCCGCCAGCGGCACCUGCCUGACCGCCUCUGCCGACGGGCGCGCCCUGUUCGCCGCCACGGGCGGCGUGGCCGGCCGGCCCGGCCGCGUCUUCCGCAACGGGGGCGACGACGACGGCGCCCGCCGCCGAUGGGAGGCCUUCAACACCACCAUCCCGGGCGCCGCGGGCGGGGGCGUCUUCUCGGUGCAGUUCCGGUCCGCCGACGGCGCCGGCGUCGCCGUGGGCGGCGACUACACCCGCCCCGGCGCGGCCGACGGCACCGCAUCCUUCUCGACCGACGGCGGCCGCGUCUGGCAGGCCUCAGUCGUAUUCCCCGGCGGCUACCGCUCCGCCGUCUCGUGGGUCCCCGGCCGCUGCGGCGUCGCCGUCGCCGUGGGGCCUACCGGCUCCGACGUCACGUACGACGGGGGCCGGACCUGGAAGACGUUUGACAACGGCUCCUUUGACGCUGUCCAGUGCGUGCCUGGCGGGGUCUGCUGGGCCUCUGGGCAGCAGGGACGUGCCGCUCGUCUGUUAUUGUCAUAACCGGCCUUGCCAUUCCCAAGAAGAUGCGGAAAAGAUGAGAUUGAACGCCCCGCGCUGCUGUGAAGCAGCCGACGCAAUUAAAUACAAUACUGUCCAGUGCGCCCUAGAUACGUAGGUGGUAGAUACAUAUCUAGGUAGCAGCUCGGGUUUAUGUACUUCCUCAUUCAUAUAUAGACAACGUGCCCAGGUAUAUCCCCGCCCAUAAAAAUCCAUCACGUUAAUCAAGGCGAGCAAACC